ACCACACCAUACACGCCAGACCGCACCUCAUGGAGACCAGGGACGUCGCGCCCGACGGCCGGCGUCACGUCGUGGACGAGCGGGGCGCGCCGAAGCGCCUGCCGAUGCCCUUCAGGAACGGCGACAAGCUCGCCAAGGCGGGGCAUCCGGUGGAAUCGAGCGAGCGCAACUACGUGCUUGCCUUCGAGAUGUUCGGCGUCAUGCGCAACGCCAUGUUCUUCCGCGGGCCCUGGAUCACGGACGACGACUGGCGCAGGUGGCACGGCCCGCUCACCGACUGCGGCCUCGACGACGACGACGUGUUCGAGACGGCCAAAAAUCACCCCGACGGGAAACUCGGCAGACAACUCAACCGAACCAUGGUCCUGCGGAUGAUACGGUACCCCAUGUACAACGGCGGCGACACCGCCGCGCAGAUGGAGCACUACGCGGACGCCGCGCUCGCGGACUUCCUCUGCGUCGUCGCCCCGGAGCUCUCGACCGACCCGACGUACGCGUCGUGGCCCCAUCGGAGCCGAUGCGUCGCCAUUCGCCAAUCGCUGGCGCUCGCCGCAAACAAAGCCCCGACGUGCUGGCUGAACGCGUACCGCCGCUUCUACACCGACCAGGGUCCCGCGCACGACGCGUCAUCGGACGUCGGCGCGCAGGGCGGGUCGCACGGGUCGGGGUACUGGGACGAGCACGCCAAGCUCGCGGGCCGAGGGUACCAGCCCACUGAACGCGAGCGAGAAAUCAUGGCAAAGGCGAGAAGGGAAGCGGACGUGGCGUCGGGCUCGGAAGGCGGCGCGCCGGGCGAUCGCUCGAACGAGAUCCCGGGCAUGACGGACGGGGUGAGCACGGACGCGAACGAUGACACGUCGAAUGAGACGCCGCCGCCGGAUGAGACGACCACGAAGACAAAGACGGGGGCGAAGAACCAGGACGGCGUCGAGGCUGUCCCGGGCGAGCCUCUGUCGGACCAAGUCAUCGCGUCCGCCCCCGGAUGGCCGACGCGUCUGCUGUACGUCGCGUGGAGGCAGCAGCCGGGAGUUGGCGGCGGCGACGCGCUGAUGGGUGGGCUGGUGAAGCACUGCGGCGAGGUGAAAGCGGCGGCGGACGAGUGGGGGCUGGGGGGUUCGUGCGACGUGACCGCCGAGGGGGCAAUCUCCGGCACGGCGGAGGGCUCCGCGUACAACGUGGCGGAGUUCACCAAGUGGAUCAUCAAGAGCUUCCACGCGCACGAGUUCGGGGACUCGCCGACGCUGUUGGGACCGGACGUCUCACAGCUGGACACGGAGUUCUCCGCGCCGACGAGCCCGGAAGAUUACCCGGACGGGUACCUGGAAGGCAACGAGGAAAGCCCCGACGAUGCUCCGCCAAAGGACGAGCUCUGACCCUUCGACUUUGUUCUACUCUCAAGUCUUAUUAGCC